CACCAUCAAUUUAAAAUACAUACAUAAAAUAUGGAGACCAAUACAAUAAUAACAACUUACUGCAGAAGGCGCUUGAGGUACAUAAAAUAGUUUUCAUACAUUAAUUUAUCUAUUAUUUUAGGGUGUGUUGCUAUGUGUGUUGCUAUAAACCUAGGAAGUAUUAAAAAAUUUGAGACACCCUGUCUUGAGUUGCUUUGUACACAGUAGAUAGAUUUUAAAGAUGUUUGAUGUUUUUAUUUUUUUUGUGCGUGAAUAACCAUGUUUCGUUAAUGUGAGAGUUUUCCAUAUACAUAUUUGUUUAUUUGUUUUUAGCACGAAAUGAUUUAAGGGCAAUUGGUAAGGCUACAAUGGUUACCUCAAACACUGUUUCAUUAAAAUUAUCCGCUGGGCUAAGCUAGAUAAGGUACUAUCAAAUAAUAGUAGCAGAAGACUCUAUCAACUCUAGUGAUCCUGAACCAACUAAUCUUACACCUUAUUUUGAUUCUGUAAAGCCUGGUCAUCCAUACAUCACAUCUGAAUUUUCUGCAGCUAUGUUUAAUGAGGUUUUGUCACCAAAAAACUUUUCUGUACUUACUCAAAAUGCAACAUCUGUAACAUUUGGAUGGAUUUUAAAUGGAAAAGAAUACAUAUCUAAAUAUAGAAUUGAAUGUUGCCAAAUAAGAUGUGCAAAGAUUAUUUUUAUUGACAACAUAUCAAGCACAAAAGCGUAUGCCACAGUUCAUCCAUUAUUACCAUUUACAAUGUAUGAAUGUAAGAUGAAAACUUUUUUCUCAUUUGCAUCAGACAUGGCAGUACUAUUGAAUUCUGUAGUUGCUGUAAAAACUGACACAACAGUACCGUCACAACCAAGAGAAUUAAAAGCGAUCAUCAUGUCACCCAGUCAUGUAAAAUUGAUUUCGAAAAAUUCACUUCAUAUUAAUGGUAUUUUAAAACAAUAUCUGGUUACCCUGAAGGGAUUAAAGACAUACAACUCAUCCUUUUUACAUCAAAAAACUAUUGCCAUCAACUGUACACACUUUGAUAUACAAAAUGUUUAUCCAGGAACAACCUACUUUUUUAAUGUCAAAACAGAAAACAAUGCUUUCGUAGGACCUGCUUCCAAUAUAACAACUACAGUUACUCCAUAUGACAAGCCCAAUGCGCCACCCAUAACUGUAGAAAAGCUCGGAAUGCAAGAAACUGUUUUGACAUUGAAUUCAGCGUCAGAUGAAACUGGACCAAUACGUUUCUACCAACUAACCAUUAAAAAAUACUGGAAAUUAGACUGUUCAUAUGGAUUAAACAAUACCACAUUAAUGAUUGAAACAGCAUCCACCCAUGUGCCUCUAAAUGUCGACAUAUACAAAGGUGUUGAAGAUGUUACUAUUGCUGGUACGAUUAGAAAGUUCUCCCUCACAGAAACAUAUCUGUUUUGCUGGAGGGCAGUUUUAAAUGAAACAGUAAGCUUUUGGUUAUAUGGGUCGAAACCUACCUGCCCUUGGUUAAAGUUCUGUUCAUCUUUUCAAAUGUGUUGUGUCCUUUUUAUUUUUUUUAUAUUUUUUUUAAUUAAUUCCUUGUAAAAAGGGAGAAUUGUGCUUUUAGAGGCAUGUUCUCUAGAGGAGUACAACCUCUAGCUUAUUUCCAAAGACCUAACAGGUUGAGUUCAUCAUUGCGGUGGCUUGCCACCUCUUUGUAAAUUAUUUUCUUAUAUUUAUAAACUAGUCGAUAGAGCCCAUGGAAAAAUUCACUUAGACAGGAGAACAAUGACAAAGAGAACCGUCACUGGAAUUUUAAUGAUGUCAGCAAAAACCCAUCAAAGGAUUUUUCUUAGAAAUUCUUUCACUUGUUGUGUAGAGCUUGAAUAGCUGAUCAAAAUAAUGUAUAGGAUGAUAUGUGUUUGACAGACGCCUUCAUCGUAUAGAUCUUGAAACGCUGAUCAAGUAAAUGUAUAGGAUCAUGUAUCUUUGACAGAGAUAUUAGGGUUUAAAGGUUUUUUGAUUACUUCAUUAACCCGUCCAUUCUGAAACGGAUUUGGGUACCUAGGUUUGGAAAAUCUACCCAAAUUGGUCCCAGGGGGUCCCUAGUAACCCAUGCAGUGAAAAAUCACUGACAUCACUUCCUCGUUUCUAAGUUAUGUGGCCUCAAAGUUUUAAGUACACUGUGAUGGCUUCAUAAAUUUAAUAUAAGAUAUGGAUGUUCAAGUAAUGUUAUUGACGUCGUGCCGUAACGUCAGAAAAUUUAACAUUUGAGACAUCAGUUCUUCGGCUACAUCAAAGAAAAAUGAACACAUCCACCUUGCCUGUUACAGACAGACACACUCUCUGUAUAAUUAUAAGAGAUUCAGGUGAAACAUAUGUUGCAAGUUGGUUAACUGCGGUAUGAAUGGUAAAAAAACUAAAAAAAAAUAUAAAUUUCUUAGCCACUACAAGUAUAAACUAAUUGUCCUCUAUACUAAAUAAAUACUGGCUACUCAAAGCCUUUUUUUCUUUGAAUUUUGGCAAGUAUACCAUUUCCAACUUGUCAAUCUAAAAACACAUUUUGCUAUGCAAGUUUUUUUUCAAUGGCGUGGCCAAGAAAAUUUUUGUAUCGUUUUCCAGAAAGUUUCCCUGUUAUUUGUGCCUUAUAAAGCUCAAAAAGUUAUAAGAGACCAAUUAAAAAAGAUGAAUUUUUGCACAGUGAUGCUUAUUGAUAAAAAACACAUUUAUGCAAACACAAGUGAAAAGCCUGUCUUGAACAGAACAGAAGCUGUACGAAUUUAAACCUUUUAUGACGAACUAGGCAUUAAC